AUGAAAUCUGAGAAAUCUCAUAAUAGCAAAAAAUCCUCAUCCAAAAAAAGAAAACAAGAUGAUGAUGGUGAUACUGUAAUAUCUAAUUCAACAUCAUCAACAUCCUCAAAAGAUAAAUCAUCAUCAAAAAAAAAGAACUCAAAAAAAACAAUUAUUGAUCUAGAAGAAGUAAACGAUCAAAAAUCGAUAGGAAUAAUAGAUGACGAUAAUGUCAAUGAUGUUAACGAUAACGAUGUAGUAGUUGGAGAAAAAAAAAAUAAAAAAACAAUUAAAUCAACUAAAGUUAAAAAAAAUAUUGAAAUCGACCCAUUUAGUUCAUACAAUAUUUCGAAACAAACAAUUGAUUCAUUGAAAAAACGCGGAAUCGAAUCCCUAUUUCCUAUUCAAUCUGCGGCUUUUAAUCCAAUUUAUAAUGGAAAAGAUGUUUUAGCUAGAGCAAAGACUGGAACCGCAAUGAUAAUAACACCAACGAGAGAUUUAGCAAAACAAAUUUCGGCCGAAUUUGAAUCAACAACAAACAACACCAACUUAAAAACUUUGUGUGUUUACGGUGGCGUACCUUAUGAUCAUCAAACACAAAACUUACGCGAGGGAUUGGUUGAUAUUUUAGUGGGUACGCCUGGUAGAAUAUUGGACCAUAUUAAUUAUGGUAAUUUGAAAUUAUCGGAAUUGAAAUUUAUUUGCCUUGACGAGGCUGAUCAAAUGUUGGAUAUUGGAUUUGCAGAGUCGAUAGAAACUGUUUUGCAACUUGUUAAGAAACAAAAACAAGAAAAGAAGAGUAAUGAAGUUAAUAAUGACAAUGAUGAUGAUGACUAUCAGACUUUGUUGUUUUCUGCUACAAUACCUGAUUGGGUAAAACAAACUGUUAAAAAAUAUUUGAAAAAAGAUUAUGAAAAUAUUAAUUUAAUAAAAGAAUCCGACUCGAAAACAAAUGAAAAUAUUCGUCAUUUGGCAAUUAGAUCAUCUUGGAAUUCAAGGAAAGAUAUAAUUGGUGAUGUUGUGGCUUGUUAUGCAGGUCAAGGUUCAUGUGUAAUAUUCUGCAAUACGAAAAAUGAUGCAAACGAACUUGCACUGAAUGAUAAACUAAAACAAGAUGCUCAAGUAUUACAUGGUGACAUUGCUCAAUCACAACGUGAAACAACAAUGAAGGGUUUUCGUGAGGGCAAGUUCAAGUGUAUUAUUUGCACUGAUGUUUUGGCUAGAGGAAUUGACAUUCCAGAAGUUGAUCUAGUGAUAAAUUGUGAACCACCAAAAGACGUAGAGACUUAUGUACAUAGAUCAGGUAGAACAGCCAGAGCAGGUAGACAAGGCACAACCGUAACUUUUUUCAAGCCACAAGAAGAGCAAUCUAUUCAGAACAUACAACGUCACUCCAAAAUACAAUUCCAAAUAGUCGGUCCACCACAACCACAAGAUAUAAUAUUAGCGACAGCCAAUGGAGCUAUCAAGAAUCUUCAGUCUGUCCAAUCAAAUGUCUUACCCUAUUUCCAUGAAACGGCCAAAAAGUUGGUCGAGGAACAAGGUGCAAUCCAGGCAUUGAGUGCUGCGUUGGCAUAUAUGAGCGGCUACGCAAAUGGUAUCAAGAAACGAUCGUUAAUGUCAGCCGUCGAGGGAUAUACAACUUUAAUUUUUAGAUUUGCGUUUGAGAUCAAACAUGGUGGUUAUGCGAGGAAUAUAUUCAAGUCACAAUUUUCUAAUUUGUCAGAGAAUAGUGUCAAGGCGUUCAGAUUGACAAAGGAUAUGAGAGGUGUUGUUUGUGAUAUUGAUAGCGAUCAGUUGCAUGUUGACGAGGAGGAUGGGUGUUUGGUUAUCGCUGGUAGGAAAUGGUAUAAUAAUGAUAAUACUAUGUUGGAGAUUGCUGAAAACUUGCCAGAAUUGUUGGAAACUAAUAAUGGAGGUGGUUAUGGUAGGAAUAAUAAUGGCGGCGCGGGUAGAAAUGGUUAUAACAAUAAUAGAAAUGGGUAUGGUAAUAAUAGGAAUGGUUACGGUAAUAAGAAUGGUUAUAACAACAAUAAUGGUAAAAAUCGCUUUAAACCAUAUUAA